GGAAAAAGGCGGUAAGUCCAUGACUAUUUUUGCCAAUAGUUCGAGUAGGAGAGAGCUAAUUCCUUGAAAGAACAAUUGAUGGAUUUGCAGAAACACGGGCGGAAUUGAGAGAGUUCAGGCUGUCACGAACUCCUUAAACUUUCCGCAAAGGAGCUGAAUCAGAACAAUUAUUAGAAAAAUACAGAAUUUCAGGGAAGAGUUCAGGAUCAACCAGUCUUCAUGAAGAAAAGGAGAAAAGGACAUAGUGGAGUGUCCACAAUGAAAUUCUCAGCGUUAUUAAAUGUUCAGGUCUUCCAACUUGUUUCAGUGUUCCAUCUGUGUGUGGUGUGGGGAGGAGAACUACUCGCCAGACCAAAUACCAUCACUAAUGCUCCAGCAGGAGGACAGGUGCUGUUCCCUAUUCAGUCCCAAGGCAGAAAAGAUCAGUAUAAUGUCACAUUCAUAUCAAAAUUUCCACGGACCUUUGAAAUUUUAGAAUGGAAGUCAAAUAAUCCAGAGAAGCUGCACAUUGUGUACCCACUGUAUCGACACAGAAUUGGAAUCGACAGAAACUCUGUCGUUUUGUACAAUGUACAAGUUAAUGACACUGGGGAAUAUGAAAUGCAUAUUGAUGACUGUGGAACGACGUUGAAAAGACAUGACAGAAGUGGUUCCAAGAUGAAAGUUUUGGUAUUUCACUUGUUUGUGGUGUGUCAAGAUGCACUCCUGGCCAGACCUGAUACCACCACUAACGCUAAAGCAGGGGAACAGGUCCAAUUCCUGACGUGCCACCAGGGCAAUGAUUCAUACGAUGUAACGUUUGGAUUGAAGUUUCCACGGGCCUUUAAGAUCUUAACAUGGAAAUCCAGUCAUCCAGAGAAACUGCACAUUGUGCACCCACUGUACCGACACAGAGUUGGAAUUCAGAGAGAUUAUGUGGUGCUGAAUGGUGUACAAGUUAAUGACACAGGGGAAUAUGAAAUACAUAUUGACUACUAUGGAACAGAACUGAAAAACCGUGGUCACAGUAUUUUCAUGAUGCAUGUAAUUGAACCGGUUUCCCAGCCUAUGACAGCAAUUAAUGGUAACUGUGUGAAUUCACCAAAUAUCACUUUGAGCUGCUCUGUCUCCAAAGGAUCAAAUAUCACGAUUCACUGGGAGAAGGUGUCCAUGUCUGGAGUUCUCAAUGAGACAUAUGAUGGGAGUGUGCUUGCAGUAGACUGUGCGCAUGAAGAGGAGCAACAUGAAUAUAGAUGCUUUGUUAAAAAUCUAGUCAGUAAUGCAACCAGCAACCAAGUGACUAUUGGCCCAUAUCACAGGACCAAUACAAAAGAUCAAAGAACAUGUCUGAUGGUCCUCGUCCCUCUGGCGAUGGUCAUUGUGGUUUCUGCCAGUGUGUACCUCUGGAAUACUCACCACUCCUAAAAUG